CGCGGCGGAGGCGCGGCGGAGGCGGCGCGGGCGAGCUGGGGCGCGAGCCGGCGCCGGGCCAGGCGGCCGGCGCGGGCUCCGGGCGUGCGACGAGGAGUUCGCUUGCCCCGAGCUGGAGGCGCUGUUCCGCGGCUACACGCUGCGGCUGGAGCAGGCGGCCACGCUCAAGGCGCUGGCGGUGCUCAGCCUGCUGGCGGGCGCGCUAGCGCUGGCCGAGCUGCUGGGCGCGCCGGGGCCGGCGCCCGGCCUGGCCAAGGGCUCGCACCCCGUGCACUGCGUCCUCUUCUUGGCGCUGCUCGUGGUCACCAACGUCCGGUCCCUGCAGGUGCCCCAGCUGCAGCAGGUCGGCCAGCUGGCGCUGUUCUUCAGCCUCACCUUCGCGUUGCUCUGCUGCCCCUUCGCGCUGGGCGGCCCCGCCCGGGGCGCCGCCGGGACGGCCGGGGGACCGGCGACCGCGGAACAGGGUGUUUGGCAGCUCCUUUUGGUCACCUUCGUGUCCUAUGCCCUGCUGCCCGUGCGCAGCCUGCUGGCCAUCGGCUUCGGGAUCUUGGUGGCCUUCUCGCACUUGCUGGUCACAGCCACUUUGGUCCCCGCCAAGCGCCCACGUCUCUGGAGGACGCUCGGCGCCAACGCCUUGCUCUUCGUUGGCGUGAACAUGUACGGGGUCUUCGUGCGGAUCCUGACCGAGCGCUCGCAGAGGAAGGCGUUCCUGCAGGCCCGGAGCUGCAUCGAGGACCGGCUGAGGCUGGAGGAUGAGAACGAGAAGCAGGAGCGGCUCCUCAUGAGCCUCCUGCCGCGGAAUGUUGCCAUGGAGAUGAAGGAGGACUUCCUGAAGCCCCCCGAGAGGAUUUUCCACAAGAUUUACAUCCAGAGGCAUGACAAUGUGAGCAUCCUGUUUGCGGACAUCGUGGGCUUCACAGGCCUGGCGUCCCAGUGCACGGCCCAGGAGCUGGUGAAACUCCUCAACGAGCUUUUUGGCAAGUUCGACGAAUUAGCCACAGAGAACCACUGUCGCCGCAUCAAGAUCCUUGGGGACUGCUACUACUGCGUGUCGGGCCUCACCCAGCCCAAGACUGACCAUGCCCACUGCUGCGUGGAGAUGGGGCUGGACAUGAUCGACACCAUGACGUCUGUGGCUGAGGCCACCGAAGUGGACCUGAACAUGCGUGUGGGUCUGCACACGGGCAGGGUCCUCUGCGGCGUCCUGGGCCUGCGCAAGUGGCAGUAUGAUGUGUGGUCCAACGACGUGACCCUGGCCAAUGUAAUGGAAGCUGCUGGCCUACCUGGGAAGGUUCAUAUCACAAAGACGACCCUGGCAUGCUUGAAUGGGGACUACGAGGUAGAACCAGGUUAUGGACAUGAGAGGAACAGUUUCCUGAAAACUCAUAAUAUCGAAACCUUUUUUAUUGUGCCAUCCCAUCGCAGAAAGAUAUUUCCAGGUCUGAUUCUCUCAGAUAUAAAACCGGCAAAGAGGAUGAAGUUCAAGACUGUCUGCUACCUGCUGGUGCAGCUCAUGCACUGCCGGAAGAUGUUCAAGGCCGAGAUCCCCUUCUCCAAUGUCAUGACCUGCGAAGACGAUGACAAGAGGAGGGCAUUGAGAACAGCCUCAGAGAAGCUCAGAAACCGCUCGUCCUUCUCUGCCAACGUUGUCUACACCACCCCAGGCACGCGCGUCAACAGGUACAUCAGCCGCCUCCUGGAAGCCCGCCAGACAGAGCUGGAGAUGGCGGACCUGAACUUCUUUACCCUGAAGUACAAACAUGUGGAACGGGAGCAAAAGUACCACCAGCUUCAGGACGAGUACUUCACCAGCGCUGUCGUCCUUGCCCUCAUCCUGGCUGCCUUAUUUGGCCUUGUCUACCUUCUGAUAAUCCCACAGAGUGUGGCUGUCUUGCUCCUGCUAGUGUUCUCCAUUUGCUUCCUGGUGGCCUGUGUCCUGUACCUGCACAUCACCCGGGUCCAGUGUUUUCCAGGGUGCCUGACGAUUCAGAUCCGCACUGUCUUGUGUAUUUUCAUAGUGGUCUUAAUCUACUCGGUAGCCCAAGGAUGUGUGGUGGGCUGCCUGCCCUGGGCCUGGAACUCCAAGCCCAACAGUACCCUGGUGGUCUUCUCAUCUGGGGGCCGGCGCACAGCGCUGCCCGCCCUGCCCUGCGAGUCUGCGCACCACGCCCUGCUCUGCUGCCUGGUGGGCACCCUCCCGCUUGCCAUAUUCCUGCGGGUGUCCUCCUUGCCAAAAAUGAUCCUGCUGUUGGGGCUCACCACAUCCUACAUCCUCGUCCUGGAGCUCAGCGGAUACACCAGAUCUGGGGGCGGUGCCGUCUCUGGGCGCAGCUACGAGCCGAUCAUGGCCAUCCUGCUGUUCUCCUGCGCGCUGGCCCUGCAUGCCAGGCAGGUGGACGUCAGGCUGCGGCUGGACUACCUCUGGGCGGCGCAGGCAGAAGAGGAGCGCGAGGACAUGGAGAGGGUGAAGCUGGACAACAGGAGGAUCCUCUUCAACCUCCUGCCCGCCCACGUGGCCCAGCACUUCCUCAUGUCCAACCCCCGGAACAUGGACCUCUACUACCAGUCCUACUCCCAGGUGGGCGUCAUGUUCGCCUCCAUCCCCAACUUCAAUGACUUCUACAUCGAGCUGGACGGCAACAACAUGGGGGUGGAGUGUCUGCGGCUGCUCAACGAGAUCAUCGCUGACUUCGACAAGCUCAUGGACAAAGACUUUUACAAGGACCUAGAGAAGAUCAAAACCAUCGGGAGCACCUACAUGGCCGCAGUGGGGCUGGCGCCCACCUCGGGGGCCAAGGCUAAGAAAUCCAUCUCCUCCCACUUGAGCACACUGGCGGACUUUGCCAUUGAGAUGUUUGAUGUCCUGGAUGAGAUCAACUACCAGUCUUACAACGACUUCGUCCUCCGAGUUGGCAUCAACGUCGGCCCCGUGGUGGCCGGAGUGAUCGGGGCGCGUAGGCCUCAGUACGACAUCUGGGGAAACACGGUCAACGUGGCCAGUCGGAUGGACAGCACUGGGGUCCAGGGCAGAAUCCAGGUGACUGAGGAGGUCCACCGGCUGCUGAGGAGGUUCCUACCACUUCGUGUGCAGAGGCAAAGUCAGUGUCAAGGGCAAGGGCGAGAUGUUGACGUACUUUUUGGAAGGCAGGACUGAUGGAAAUGGCUCCCAGACCAGGUGCCUAGGCUUGGAGCGAAAAAUGUGUCCUUACGGGAGAGCCGGCCUUCAGGCCAGACACCCCCCCAU